CUUAAAAACACGCUUACCACGCAAUCCACCAAUUCCAAUCCUAGGUAUUUCCCAAGAGAAAUGAAAAGAUUUGUCCAAAGAAAGAUUUGCACACAGAUGUCCUUAACAAUUUUGUUCAUAAUAGCCAGAGAUUAGAAGCAACUAAACGUCCAUCAACUGGUCAAUGGAUAGAUACAAUGUGAUAUGCCCAUGCAAUAAACUAUUUCACUGAAAGCAGUGAAGGAGGAACAAACUACUGAUAAAGUUGUAACAUGGGCAAAUCUGAAAAUCAUCAUAUUAAAUGGAAGAUGUCAGACACAAGAGACAAUAUACUGUAUGGUAUAGUGUGUUGAUUCCAUUUAUAGAAAAUGUCUGUUAAAGGAAAAUUUAUAGAGACAGAAAGACUGAUGGUUGCCUGGUGCAGUGUGAGGGAUGGGAGACAAGGAUUAAUAGUGAGUAUGAGGGUUCUCAUUGGGAUGAUAGAAAUGUUCUAUCUGCUUUGUGCUUUAUGGUGAUGCUUGCACAACAUGAUAAAUUUACUAGAAAUCAUUGAUUGUCCACUUGAAAUGGGUAAGGUAUAUGAUAUGCAAAAUAUAUCUCAGUAAAUUCAGAGGAGGUAAUAUGGGUUGGGGGGGAUGGAAGGAUGGAGGAGGAGAAAGAAAGAGGGAGGAGAGAGAGCAUGAGAACAGGACUGCAUGAAGUCAGGCUGUUUGAAUCUGAAACCUAGCAAGCCCAAACCUAUCUUAGCCUCAGUUUCCUGUCAGUGAGGUUGGGGAAAAUAAUAAUUAGCUUAUCCACAAAGUAGUGUUGGAAAGAUUGUGAUAAUAUGUAAACAAUGCUUAACACAAAGUUUGGACCAUAAAGACAGCAAUAUAUAUUAGCCAUUAUAAUAAUAAUUAUUAUUAUUGAUGGUAGUAUUUAACCUGCCUAGGAUCCAGCUCAUUUAGAUCAACUUAAUUCAAAUCCUGGAGAAGGAUUUGGACUGCAGCUGCAGAAGGCAGGGACUGAUCUUGUGGAAAUGACUCCGGGGGAGUCUGAGAGUCUAAAGCACAGGGUCGGUCAGUCCAUUGCAAGUUGGGAGACUGGACCUCUGGAGCCUCACAGAUGCAGGCUGUUUCUUCAUGGCAGCAGCGUUCGUGGAGGGGUCAUCCUGCUGCCAUCAGUGUGGGAGCAACAUGUGCUGUUUCUACUCCAGUCCAACAAGGAUUUUUUCACUGCUUCAUGCCAGAUCCUGUUGGCUUGGAGGACAGUGGAUUCGGGGGCACAGAGGAGGGACACCUAACCUUGUCUAUGAGGGCUUCUAGAGGAAGUGAUGUCUCUGUGAGACAAGAAUACGUUGGCAUUUCCCAGAUGAAGGGUGAGGAGAGUUACCCAGGCAGAAGGCACAGCUUGAGUAAACCCCAGAAGUGAUAGGGAGAUUGCAGAAUUCAGUGAAGUGCUGAUAGAAAGAGCAGAGUGACAAGAAGCAGGGCUGGAGUCACACAGAGUGUCUUCUGUGCUGUGAUAAAGAAUUUAGGUUUAUUCUGAAGACAAUGAAGACCAGAGAAGAGCACUAAGCAGGUUCUAGGACUGGCUCAGUUACCUUCAGUUCGAGGGUCCCAAUGGCACUUAACACGCUACACCCUAAGUGAGCCUGCUCUGUUGAUCAGACAGAUGCCCUCCUAGAGGCAUAUGGCUUGGGUUUUGCGUUUAGCCUCCUCAAGUACAAAUGUUCCUCCAAGGACCACAUCCGUACUGGUGUCUGAUGCAAAAACUGCUUCAACUCUCCCAAGAGAGACAUAAAAGGCCCUAAUGCAGUGGCUGAGAGCCUGUCUUGGGGGCCAGACCUCAGAAAAGCAGAGGACUUGUGGGUGUUGAACACACUUCAUCCUGGGUGCUUGCUCUGGCUGAGAGCCAUUAAUAAGCCCAGCGGCCAAGGGACAGGUAUUGUGCCGGUUACUAUGGCAUCACCUUGGAAAGGAUCCCUCAGUGAAAGCCACAGCUGAGCUGAGUGAGGCAGGAGGGGAAUGUGGUCAGAAGCAGGAGGGGCUGGAGAUAGGCUGCAGAGGCUUUCGCUGGUCGCAGGACACUUCGUGGGCUGGAGCCCCCUUUAGCUUCUCCAGCUGCAGCCCAGGGAGGGAGCCGGGCUGCACUCAGCCUGAGAGUGGCUGCCUGAGACAGCACCACAGGCUGCUGCUGAGCUAGGAGCUGAGAGGGGCUGAAUUCCCAGUCACAGAUCAUCUGGCCUCUCCUGUUUGGGGGCGCGGGUGUUGUGUCUCAUCUGGAAAGAUCUGGGCUGGGUUUCAUGCCUUUUUUAUUUUAAAUAGUCACCUCCCUGAGAACUGACUUCCAGGUGUUCAUCGAGGAAAGCAGAGUGAUCCCCAUGCUGGAAUGAAGGAUGAGAGUUCCUGAGACUGACUGUUGAAGGCUUGGAGGUACCCCAGUAUCACAAUGCCUUUUAAAGCAUUCAAUACCUUCAAAGAAAAAAUUUUGAAACCUGGAAAGGAGGGAAUGAAGAACACUGUGGGAGAUUCGUUGGGGAUUUUACAAAGGAAAAUUGAUGGGACCAAUGAGGAAGGAGGUAACAUUGAGCUGAAUGAAGAAGGGAGGCCCGUGCAGACGUCCAGGCGGAGGCCCCCACUCUGUGACUGCCACUGCUGUGGGGUCCCCAAGCGCUACAUCAUUGCUAUCAUGAGUGGGCUGGGGUUCUGCAUUUCCUUUGGCAUUCGGUGCAAUCUUGGAGUUGCCAUUGUGGAAAUGGUCAAUAACAGCACUGUAUAUGUUGAUGGAAAACCGGAAAUUCAGACAGCACAAUUUAACUGGGAUCCAGAGACGGUGGGCCUUAUCCAUGGAUCUUUUUUCUGGGGUUAUAUUGUGACACAAAUUCCAGGUGGUUUCAUUUCAAAUAAAUUUGCUGCGAACAGGGUCUUUGGGGCUGCCAUCUUCUUAACAUCAACCUUGAACAUGUUCAUUCCAUCUGCAGCCAGAGCGCAUUACGGCUGUGUCAUGUGUGUCAGGAUUUUGCAAGGUUUAGUGGAGGGUGUGACAUACCCAGCAUGUCACGGGAUGUGGAGUAAGUGGGCACCACCUUUGGAGAGAAGCAGACUGGCUACAACCUCCUUUUGUGGUUCCUAUGCAGGAGCAGUGAUUGCCAUGCCGCUGGCUGGGGUGUUGGUCCAGUACAUUGGAUGGGCCUCUGUCUUUUAUAUUUAUGGUAUUUUGGGGAUUAUUUGGUACAUGUUUUGGCUGUUGCAGGCCUAUGAAUGUCCAGCAGCUCACCCAACAAUAUCCCAGGAGGAGAGGACCUAUAUAGAGACAAGUAUAGGAGAAGGAGCCAACUUGGUUAGUCUCAGUAAAUUUAAUACACCAUGGAAAAGAUUUUUCACGUCAUUGCCAGUGUAUGCAAUCAUUGUGGCCAAUUUUUGCAGAAGCUGGACAUUUUAUUUGCUGUUAAUAAGUCAGCCUGCUUACUUUGAAGAGGUCUUUGGAUUUGCAAUAAGUAAGGUGGGUCUCUUGUCAGCAGUCCCACACAUGGUUAUGACGAUCAUUGUGCCUAUUGGAGGACAAUUGGCUGAUUACUUAAGAAGCAGAAAAAUUCUGACCACAACUGCUGUCAGAAAAAUCAUGAACUGCGGAGGUUUUGGCAUGGAGGCAACCUUGCUCCUCGUGGUUGGCUUUUCCCAUACCAAAGGGAUGGCUAUCUCCUUUCUGGUGCUUGCUGUAGGAUUUAGUGGUUUUGCUAUUUCAGGUUUCAAUGUCAACCACUUGGAUAUUGCCCCUCGCUAUGCCAGCAUUCUCAUGGGAAUCUCAAAUGGAGUGGGAACCCUCUCUGGAAUGGUCUGUCCCCUUAUUGUGGGUGCAAUGACCAAGCACAAGACCCGUGAGGAGUGGCAGAAUGUGUUCCUCAUAGCUGCCUUGGUGCACUACAGUGGUGUCAUCUUCUAUGGGGUCUUUGCUUCUGGGGAGAAACAGGAGUGGGCAGACCCCGAAAACCUUUCUGAGGAGAAGUGUGGAAUCAUUGACCAGGAUGAAUUAGCUGAGGAGACAGAACUCAACUAUGAGAGUUUUGCAAGUCCCAGAAAGAUGUCAUAUGGAGCCACCACCCAGAAUUGUGAAGUCCAGAGAAAGGAGUGGAGAGGACAGAGAGGAGUGACCCUCAACGAGGAAGAGCUGACAUCCUACCAGAAUGAAGGGGAAAACUUCUCAGAUGCAUCCUAAUGUCUGAGGGGCACUUCCGGCUCCUCCGCACUUUAGAACCAGAAAGUAUCCAUACCCAUUGUUUUCUCCAUAGGCUGGCUUGCCAGGGGGUUAACUCUAGGGACGUUGUUGCACGUGGGGGAGCAGGGAGAGAUUUACUCAGCAGUAGGGAAACAACUUGCUCUAAGUUCAUAAAACGUAUGGCUAUAAGUUUUUUGAUUUGCAGUUGAUUCUUCUCUCAAAGAAUAAACUAUUCAGGAAGGAAUGAUUGGAAGAAUAAGAGACAAAAUGCCAUGUUUUUCAAAGAAAAAUGGAAGGAAAUGGGGAUAUUUGGCCUGGAGGAGAGAAAAAAAUAGCUGUUACUACCUGUAUGAGAGCAGCCAUGCAGGGGUGGGUUUCCUAUUCCUAAUAAAGGCCACUGCUUUCAAAGGCCCUGUAUUGUGCCAGAUGCUUUAUUACAUUCUCAUUUAAUCUCCACACCCCAUGACAUAACAAUUCUUAUCCCCAUUUUACAACUGAGGAAAAGAAAGCAACAAAAGACGGACUUGCUCAGGGUCAUCCUGCCAGAGGCAGUGCUGAGAUUGUGUGCAUGCAUGCAUGCUCAGCCAUGUCCGAUUCUUUGCAAUCCCAUGGACUUCAGCCCUUCAGGCUCCUCUGUUCAUGGGAUUUCCAGAGAAGAAUACUGGAGUGGGUUGCCAUUUCCUACUCCAAGUGUUGAGAUUGGUGGAGUCCAAAAUAGAUGUCAGUUUUGGAGAAGAAGGUUUUGCUUCAGGUUAGAAGAGAUAUUUUUAAUAAUGAAAACUGUAAAUGGAGUGGGUUGUCAUGUGCAUAAUUCCCUAUCUUGGCAGGCAUGGAGGAUGGAAAACAUUUGGGUUGAUGUGGCAGAGAACAUUCAAACAUCAUAUGGGGGACUGGAUUCAAACAUCCUUAGGGCCCUAGGUAAUCUGAGAGCCAAAUGAGUCUGUGAAUUCAUAUGCAUGUGAAAGUUGCUUAGUCGUGUCCAUCUCUUUACGACCCCCACGGACUGUAGCCUGCCAGGCAACUCCAUCCAUGGGAUUUUCCAGGCAAGAAUACUG